AUGGAUUCCAACUCCGGUCGUGUCUUCAACCUUCCACAGAAUAGCAUCCCCAUGGUCACUACUUUGUCUGUCCCCCGGAGUCAACAAAUUACCGCACGCCUUCACGAGCUUCGACUGAUGAUCGACAUCCACCAAGAUGACCAGCCGACACGGAAGAAAACCUACAAGAAGCAACUGGAGCGCUAUCGGGAAGUGCGGUUCGAGCUUUGCAGAGCGGCCAACACAUCUACCGAACACAGUAGCCUCACACCAUUCCAAUUAUCCUUAAAGGUUAAGGCCCUGGCGGAGAAGGAGUUGACCCUGAGGGAACUGGUCGUAAUGGUCUCCGAAAACUACCAAUGGAUGGCUGAAAAGAUUGGCGUUCUUAAGAAAGAAGAGCACAGGUUGACCAAAGAGUUGGAGGCGAUCAACAAAAAGAAGGAAGAGUUGAGAAAGCCAAACAUGGUGAUAAAGCUGAGAGCUGAGCUGUUAAAGAGAAGGUCGGAGGAACUUGUUCUGGCUGCCGGCGCUGCCGAGAUGGAGGGGAUCUUGUGA